AUGGUGACUGGCUGCAACAUUGCGAACAUGUGCACGACGAAGCAAGCAAUUCAUCUUCGACCGGUGAUGGCGGCUGCGACGCUUUCAGUGACACUCGCUGGUGCAUCGCAAUAUCUUGUGCCUUCGGCACCAGUUCGUCUGCGAGCACUACCAGAAUUCAGCCGGUGUACGAAAUCCUUCAUCAUAAUUCCAGACGACGCACAGUACAAUUGGUCCGUGCGCGGUGCCUAUGUCACGUCUGACGAUAGCUAUCGCAUACCAUCCUUCAAAUAUAAGGCUGGUGAUUCUGUUCAAAUAGGAGUGGAAGUAUACUACAGAGACGUGGCUAGCAAGCAACAUCUUCGAGCAACAGCACGUGAAACGCUCACGUACGUUGCGGAGGAUCUAGUGGUGAUCGUUGAUGCGGUAUGGCGUUCGGUUGCGAGCGACUCGCCUGUUGCCAUCGACGCUUCACAAUCGAAGAAUCCGAAUGAUCGUGAUGGUGUCGUAACUCAUGACUGGGAAUGCAUGAACCUCACAUCUGGUGUUGAGUAC